GCGUGUUGAUGGCCUACAGGUGUGAAGAAUGUGAUAAGGAGUUCACCAAAAAGUCUCAUUAUGAUAGGCACACGGUGACCCACACCCAAGAGAGAAAGUACAAAUGUCCCGAAUGCGAUAAGUUAUUCAAGCGAAGAGACCAUAUGACUAGGCAUAAGAAUAUGGUCCAUAGUGAUGAGGCUAGGAAAUUCAAAUGUUCCUAUCCUGACUGUCUCAGCAACGGAUUCAUUGAUAACUACCACCUCCGGCGCCAUAUAAAGUCCUGCCACGAAGAGAAAUAUGUCUGCAAGAUCUGUGAAGAGGAAACAACUAUGCUUCCUCCUGGCACAGAACAAAUAAAAUUUAGGUUUAAGAAAAAGAAGCAACUAGCGAAACAUAUGGAACAAAUUCAUGAGAACUCUAAUAAAAAGGAAUGAAAAUACUGCAAUAAAUUAAUAAGCAAACGUCAAUAUCAGGCUCAUAUUAAGAAGCAUGAGCACAAAAUUGAGAAAAACAUGAUAAUCCUCGACAUCACAGAGAAAAGCUCAGAGGUUCCUUUGCCCAAGGCUGAAGAACAUAAACAGCCCGAAGAAAAGAAAGAGACAGACUUUGAAGACAAACAACUACAGGAAAAGAUCUUAAGUCUCCAGGCGAGGAAGGAGGAUUCAGUAUUUAUGGCUCAAUUCAGAAAACGAUUCAAAAGCUCUGACUCAGAACAUAGUUAUUACAAGUAUGAUAAUAUUAAUAGCCGUCCUAGCUCAAUGAAGUUGAACUCUCCUAAUCUGCAGAGCAAGAAAUCUGAGCCUGAGACUUUGUUCAAUGACAGUUCUGUUAAAGACUACUUUGAGAAAAGAGUAAAUGAAGUUAAGAGUAGUCCAAAGAGAAUCCAGAAAUAUCUGUGCCAAGAGCCUGGCUGCUUGAAAGCAUUCUCCAGUGAGUAUAACCUUAGGGUUCAUAUAAAGACAGCUCAUCUCAAAAUUCGAGAAUUUAAAUGCAAAUUAUGCUCGAAUGAAUACCUCCAUAAAAAGAACUUGGUUGAGCAUAUUAAAAGAGACCACCCUGGGUUCUUUCCACCAUCUGAUGAAGAAAGUGCUCAAUACAGAUUCCCUCUCUAUGGCUUGACCUCUCAAAAAGGGAGCAUCAGCAGCGAUCAUGGGAAUAUUUCUCCUACCUAUAACCCAAGCUUCAAUGCUUUGUCCCAGCCCAAAAGUGUAUGAUCAGGGUCAGAUCGAGAAAUGUUUAAGGAGACCUUAAAAAUGGAUCUCUCUAUUAAAGAAAUAUUUAGUCCUAAAUAACUUUCUG